GGGUCCAGGAAGGAUACAGCGUCCACCCCGACGACACCAGUUGCCACCGGGAAGAAGCGACGCGGAGACAAUCUUGAGUCCUCCCGCCGCAAGAAGAUGCGGAGUUUCUCUGCAGUGAAGCAUUGUCGGCUCCGAGACAGGAUGUGUGUAGUCACAAAGGAUAGGGAAGAAAAUUGUGAUGUAGCCCAUUUGUUCCCUGUGUAUAUGCAGGAGAGCGAGAGUCCGGUCACAAAAACCUUCUGGGAGGGAUUAGAGAGAUUUUGGACGAAUGAUCAAGUACUGCGCUGGAAGUCAGCGCUUUCGGACGAGACUGGCGGAACUGAGCGACUCGAAAAUCUUGUUUGUUUUGCCCCCACGGUGCACAGAUACCACAGUAGAGGAUAUUUCGCGCUGGAAUUCCUUGCGAAAGAUCCCGGCAACACCUGGCUGCGGCUGAAGUUAGUAUGGCUCCAGCCACAGAAGCCGUUUGGACAUUUUCCCCUGGAGCGUGUUCCGGAGCUCCCCGAAGAUCUUAAUCUCCCUGCACUUGGUUUUGGGCUCAUGGACAUCAAAACCCAAAGGCCUAUAUUCUCGGGUCACAUAAUCGAACUAAAGACACCAGACCCCAUUAAACUUCCCCUUCCAGAUACAAGGAUUCUGGAACUACAGUGGUUAAUGAAUCUCGUCACUCCUAUCAGUGGAGCUGCGGAGCCCGAGGAGCUCGACGAAGAUACUGAUAACGAUAAUAGGACUAGGUCGGACCCUUCCAAAUUUCCUGUGAGCUCGUCAAGCAUAAUGAAUGAGUCCAUAUCAUCGCCAACCACAUCAUUGUCUGGGCCGACCAAUGAUCAUCCCAAAACCCCCACGACCAUGACCACUAAUGUGGAAGACUCGGAGACCCUAAUUGACCAGGAAGAGGACACAUUUGUGGCUUGAAUAACCAUUAUGAUAUAUUAGAUACUCACCAGUUUGAUUUGUAUGCUUCUAAGGUUUUCAAUCUCUAAAAUAUCUUAAUGAAGAUUACUUGCUUUUAUUCAU